AUGCAAAAGAGCCCGGAAGACAACUUCCUCCCUCCAGAUGUGCAUCGCCAGCAAUUCCGGCAGCUCCGUUACCAGGAGGCAGUGGGGCCCCGAGAGAUGCAGGCGAAGAUCCGGAAGGAACAUUUCCACAAAGCAGCUUUUCUGGAGGCUGACUGUCCAUGGAAAAAAUCCGAGAAAGAACCCAAACCCCUCCUAUUCAACAUAAAAGAGCAGAAAAGAAACACUGGAAAAAACCGGAAGAGGGCGAAUGAAUGCUCUGCCCCUGAAGGUUCUGAAUCCCAGGUGUCUGAUACACACAGAAGAAUUAAUCUAGGGGAGAAAGCUGAUAAAUACUCGGAGAGUAGAAGGAGCUUGGGUUGGAAGAGAGCCUCUUCUGGCCAUCAACGACUCCAUAACAGAGAGAUACAUGAAUGCCUGGAGUGUGGAAGGAGCUUUGCUAAGAAUUGCCUCCUUGCUGCUCAUCGACGAAUCCACACUGGGGAGAAACCAUAUAAAUGCUUGAAGUGUGGAAAGAACUUUGCUUCGAGGUCAGACCUUACUCAACAUCAACGCAUCCACACUGGGGAGAGACCAUAUAAAUGCUUGGGGUGUGGAAAGAGCUUUGCUCAGAGAGGUCACCUAGCUAUUCAUCGACGAAUCCACACUGGGGAGAAACCACAUAAAUGCUUGGAGUGUGGAAAGACCUUUGCUCAGAGAGGUAGCCUAGCUACUCAUCGACGAAUCCACACUGGUGAGAAACCAUAUAAAUGCUUGGAGUGCGGAAAGAGCUUUACUCAGAGAGGUUACCUAGCUAUUCAUCAACGAAUCCACACUAGGGAGAGACCGCAUAAAUGCUUGGAGUGUGAAAAGUGCUUUGCUUCAAGUUCAAAACUUACUCGACAUCAACAUAUCCACACAGGGGAGAAACCACAUAAAUGCUUGGAGUGUGGAAAGAGCUUUGCUACGAGGUCACACCUUACUUACCAUCAACAUAUCCACACGGGGGAGAAACCAUAUAAAUGCUUGGAGUGUGGAAAGAGCUUUGCUUCGAGGUCACACCUUACUUACCAUCAACAUAUACACACUGGGGAGAAAUCAUAUAAAUGCUUGGAGUGUGGAAAGAGCUUUGCUUCAAGUUCACAGGUUACUCAACAUCAACGCAUCCACACUGGGGAGAAACCAUAUAAAUGCUUGGAGUGUGGAAAGAGCUUUGCUGCAAGUUCACAGGUUACUCAACAUCAACGCAUCCACACUGGGGAGAAACCAUAUAAAUGCUUGGAGUGUGGAAAGAGCUUUGCUCAGAGAGGUUACCUAGCUAUUCAUCGACGAAUCCACACUGGGGAGAAACCAUAUAAAUGCUUGGAUUGUGGAAAGAGCUUUGCUUCAAGUUCAAAGCUUACUGAGCAUCAAUAUAUCCACACAGGAGAAAAAUUACAUAAAUGCUUGGAGUGUGGAAAGAGCUUUGUUUCGAUGUCACACCUUACUUACCAUCAACAUAUCCACACAGGGGAGAAACCACAUAAAUUCUUGGAGUGUGAGAAGCCCUUUUCUCAGAGUUCACAGCUUACUCAACAUCAAAAUAUCCACAUAGGGGAGAAACCACAUAAAUGCUUGGAGUGUGGAAAGAGCUUUGCUCAGAGAGGUUACCUAGCUAUUCAUCUACGAAUCCACACUGGGGAGAAACCAUAUAAAUGCUUGGAGUGUGAGAAGACCUUUGCUUCGAGGUCACACCUUACUUACCAUCAACAUAUCCACACAGGGGAGAAACCACAUAAAUGCUUGGAGUGUGAGAAGAGCUUUGCUUCAAGUCCACAGCUUACUCAACAUCAACAUAUCCACAUAGUGGAGAAACCAUAUAAAUGUUUGGAGUGUGGAAAGAGCUUUGCUCAGAGACGUUACCUAGCUAUUCAUCGACGAGUGCACACUGGUGAGAAACCAUAUAAAUGCUUGGAUUGUGGAAAGGGCUUUGCUCAGAGAGAUAAGCUAAUGUGCAACGCCAGCAAUUCCGGCAGCUCCGUUACCAGGAGGCAGAGGGGCCCCGAGAGGUCUGCAGCCAACUCCACCGACUUUGUCUCCAGUGGCUGA